UCCUGCCCCAGGUACAAAGCCAUCGUCCGGCCAAUGGAUAUCCAGGCCUCUCACGCUCUGAUGAAGAUCUGCCUCAAAGCUGCAUUGAUCUGGAUUAUCUCCAUGCUUUUGGCCAUCCCAGAGGCUGUGUUUUCUGAUCUACAUCCCUUCCAUGAGGAAAGCACCAACCAGACCUUCAUUAGCUGUGCCCCAUACCCACACUCUAAUGAGCUGCACCCCAAAAUUCACUCCAUGGCUUCCUUCCUGGUCUUCUACAUCAUCCCACUGUCGAUUAUCUCUGUCUACUACUACUUCAUUGCUAGAAAUCUGAUCCAGAGUGCUUACAAUCUGCCUGUGGAAGGGAAUAUACAUGUCAAGAAGCAGAUUGAAUCCCGGAAGCGCCUUGCCAAGACAGUGCUGGUGUUCGUGGGCCUCUUUGCCUUCUGCUGGCUCCCCAACCACAUCAUCUACCUGUACCGCUCCUACCACUACUCUGAGGUAGACACCUCCAUGCUCCACUUCAUCACCAGCAUCUGCGCCCGCCUCCUGGCCUUCACCAACUCCUGUGUGAACCCUUUCGCCCUCUACCUGCUGAGCAAGAGUUUCAGGAAACAAUUCAACACCCAGCUCCUCUGUUGUCGGCCUGGCCUGAUGACCCGCUCUCAUAGCACUGGCAGAAGUACCACCUGCAUGACCUCCUUCAAGAGCACCAACCCCUCUGUGGCCACCUUCAGCCUCAUCAAUGGAAACAUCUGUCACGAAGGGUACGUCUAGGCUGCUCCUUGACCCUGUCACCCCAGGGGUCCCAGGUUUUGCUUUAUGGCUAAAGAACCCUUACAUCUGUUGUUGUCUCUAUACCCUCCAAAGACCCUUUGGUAGGCUAUGAGUUUGUAGGCAGGUUGCAGAGAAGCCCAAAUGGAUUGCUGUGAUGUUUGAAAGGCGCAUCAAGGCUUAUGUUUUCCAU